AUGGACGAACAGCAGCAAAGACUCAUAUUGAGCUGGCUAGAAGAAGAUGCCAAUGACACCCUCGGUGGUGAUGAUGAGGAAAAUGAAACCGGAAUGUUUCCUGAUCAAGUGGGUGAGCACGACACUGACUCGGAACAAGAAUGUGACGAUGAUUUGUAUCAGAUAUUUUCAAAUUAUGAUAUAUCUUUGGAAAUGCCAAACGAGGAGCACUUGGGUUUCGUAUUGGUGAACGAAUCUACGGAAGUUCUCAAAUCUGCGUUCAGUGAUGGGGAUGGAGAACCAUUGAUAAAAAUUUCGACCAGUAACUUUUACAUAGUAAAAAAGGGAGAGAAAUUGCAUUCGAAGGCAACUAUUAGGAAUUUGCCGCGUGAGUUGAGACAUACAGUUGAAGAAGAUUUGUACCACCACUUCAGGAUGUUCAAGAUGAAGUAA